ACCAAUUGAGUACCAUCCUCAAACAAUCUCUCAUUACCCUCUUUCGUUCUCUCAUCUUAUCCUAUCCACCACCUUACUCAUCUAUCUCUUCUUCUUUUUCUUCUUCUACAUCCUUCAUUUUUAUUAUGCAUAUAUGACUUCCAACUUUUUCAUACUCUUACUCCUUCCAUAAUAUAUAUCUCUUUCAUGUUAUUAUUGUAGAUAUAUAUACAUUUGCUAUAUAUAUAUACAUCCUAUUGUUUCCACUAUCAAAGCUCGAAACGAACUCGAAUUUCAUGCAUGGUUAUUGUUCAUAAACUUAAAUAUUGAUUGAUAUUCUUUUGUUGAGAGGUUUUGAACAAGUUUAGUAAGAUAUGGCUCCAAAGGCAAGCAAGGCUAAGCAAAACAAGACCAAAGGAGAAAAGAAGAAGAAAGAGGAAAAAGUUUUGCCAACAGUAAUUGAAGUAAGUGUUGAUAUUCCAAAUGAUAGUCGAGUAACUCUCAAGGGGAUAUCUACUGAUAAGAUUUUGGAUGUGAGGAAGCUGUUAGCUGUGCAUGUUGAGACAUGUCAUUUGACCAAUUAUUCUCUUUCUCACGAGGUACGAGGACCACAACUCAAACAUACAGUGGAGAUAGUUUCACUGAAACCCUGCCAUCUCACCAUCACUGAAGAGGAUUACAGUGAAAACGACGCCGUGUCACAUGUCAGGCGGCUUCUGGACAUUGUGGCUUGCACAACAGCUUUUGGGCCGAAGAUGGGCCGGAAAGAAACCGGGCCCACCGAUGAGGGUGACCCGGAAAAUGGGAAGAAAGAGGGGGUAACGGUUACGGUAACGGUGACGGCUGGUGAAGUGGAUAUGCGGCCCCCACCAAGGUUGGGGCAGUUUUAUGACUUCUUCUCUUUCUCUCAUUUGACUCCUCCUAUUCAAUAUAUUAGGAGAUCUAACCGCCCGUUCCUUGAGGACAAAACAGAAGACGACUUUUUUAAAAUUGAUGCUCGCGUUUGUAGUGGAAAGCCUAUGACAAUUGUGGCUUCACGAGAAGGCUUCUAUCCUUCAGGAAGAAGACAACUUCGUUGUCAUUCAUUGGUUGGCCUACUACAGCAAUUAAGUCGUGUGUUUGAUGCGGCAUACAAGGCCCUUAUGAAAGCUUUUACGGAACAUAACAAGUUUGGGAACCUACCUUAUGGAUUUCGGGCAAACACAUGGGUUGCCCCUCCAGUCGUUGCUGAUCACCCUUCUGUUUUCCCACCUCUACCCGUGGAAGAUGAGAACUGGGGAGGCAAUGGAGGUGGACAAGGAAGAGACGGAAAACACGACGAGAGGCAAUGGGCAAAAGAGUUUGCAGUCCUGGCAUUAAUGCCUUGCAAAACAGCAGAGGAAAGACAAGUGCGAGAUAGGAAGGCUUUUCUCCUCCAUAGCUUAUUUGUCGACGUUUCAGUCUUUAAAGCUGUAGCUGUUAUUAAGAAUAUCAUCCAAAGCAAUCCGAGCUCUCCUUCUAUUGAUGUACACGAGGAGCAAAUUGGAGAUUUGCAAAUUACAAUAACAAAAGAUGUACCUGAUGCUAGUACAAAGUUGGACUGCAAAAAUGAUGGUAGCCAAGUUCUUAACUUGCCCCAAGAGGAGCUUGCCCGUAGAAAUUUAAUUAAGGGAAUUACAGCUGACGAGAGUGCUACUGUUCAUGAUACUCCUACACUAGCUGUUGUGGUUGUUAGACAUUGUGGCUACACAGCUGUUGUGAAAGCUUCUGCUGAGGUAAAUUGGGAGGGAGAAUCAAUUCCCCAAGACAUUGAGAUUGACGAUCAACCUGAAGGUGGUGCCAAUGCUUUAAAUGUAAAUAGUUUGAGAAUGCUGUUGCACAAGUCAUUAUCGCCAUCAUCUCCUUCUGUUCAGCGAUCACACAGUACAGACCUAGAAGAACUACGUUCUGGUAGGUGUUUGGUCAGAGAAGUGAUGGCCAAGAGUAUAUUGAAGUUAGAGGCAGAAAGUACUAAAACUGUGAAGUCCAUAAGAUGGGAGCUUGGUGCUUGCUGGGUGCAACAUUUGCAAAAUCAGACUUCAGGAAAAGCAGAGUCCAAAAAGACUGAGGAGGCGAAGGUUGAGCCAGCUGUAAAGGGUCUUGGAAAGCAAGGAGGACUAUUGAAAGAAAUCAAAAAGAGAAUUGAUGAAAAGCACAACAAAAAUGAGCAUUCUAAAGAAAUCACUACAGACAAGCAACUAGACCCGAGCAAGAAAUCAGAUGCAGCUGAUCCAAAGGAGCUGGAAAAACUUGAUGCGGAGAGAGAAUGCCUGUGGAAAAAGUUGAUAUCUGAGGCAGCUUAUUUACGUUUGAAAGAAUCAGAAACCGGUCUCCAUUUGAAGGCACCUGAUGAACUGAUUGAAAUGGCACACAAUUAUUAUGCUGACACAGCCCUUCCAAAGCUGGUGGCAGAUUUUGCCUCUCUGGAACUUUCUCCAGUUGAUGGAAGGACGCUAACCGACUUUAUGCACACAAGGGGCUUGCAAAUGUGCUCUUUAGGACAAGUGGUUGAACUUGCCGACAAACUCCCUCAUGUACACUCACUGUGUGUGCAUGAAAUGAUUGUUCGAGCCUACAAGCAUGUAUUGCAAGCCGUUGUUGCGGCAGUUACUGAUGCUGGUGAAUUGGCUGGUGCAAUAGCAGCAUGCUUAAAUGUAUUGCUGGGUUCAUCAUGCUCUGAGAAUGCUGAUGAAGAAACUGUUAAUGAUGACAACCUGAAGCAGAAAUGGGUGCAAACAUUUCUUUUGAAGAGGUUUGGUUGGCAAUGGAAACAGGAAUGCUGCCAAGAUCUUAGAAAGUUUGCCAUUCUCCGUGGACUUUGCCACAAGGUUGGCCUUGAGCUUGUUCCAAGAGACUAUGAUGUGGAUACCAACUGCCCAUUUAGGAAGUCAGAUAUCAUAAGCAUGAUUCCAGUAUAUAAGCAUGUUGCUUGUUCUUCUGCUGAUGGACGUACAUUGUUAGAGUCAUCGAAAACUUCCUUGGACAAAGGCAAAUUGGAAGAUGCUGUUAAUUAUGGGACUAAGGCACUUUCCAAGCUUGUUUCAGUUUGUGGUCCUUAUCAUCGCAUGACCGCUGGAGCAUAUAGUCUUUUAGCUGUAGUGCUCUACCAUACUGGAGAUUUCAACCAGGCUACAAUUUACCAGCAAAAAGCAUUGGACAUCAAUGAAAGAGAGCUUGGACUUGAUCAUCCUGAUACAAUGAAAAGUUAUGGAGACUUGGCUGUUUUCUACUAUCGUCUUCAGCACACAGAACUGGCCCUAAAAUAUGUCAACCGUGCACUAUAUCUCUUGCACCUAACCUGUGGACCUUCUCAUCCAAACACUGCUGCCACCUACAUUAAUGUGGCAAUGAUGGAAGAAGGUUUGGGGAACGUUCAUGUUGCAUUAAGAUAUCUCCAUGAGGCUCUAAAGUGCAAUCAGAGACUGCUUGGAGCUGAUCAUAUCCAGACUGCAGCCAGCUAUCACGCCAUUGCAAUUGCUCUAUCUUUGAUGGAAGCUUACACCCUGAGUGUUCAACAUGAACAGACAACUCUGCAGAUUCUGCAGGCAAAACUUGGAUCAGAAGAUCUACGAACUCAGGAUGCGGCUGCCUGGCUUGAAUAUUUUGAAUCCAAGGCUCUAGAGCAGCAGGAAGCUGCUCGCAAUGGCACCCCGAAGCCAGAUGCCUCCAUUUCUAGCAAAGGCCACUUGAGUGUAUCAGAUCUUCUGGACUAUAUAACCCCAGAAGAAGAACUAAGAGCAAGAGAAGCCCAAAGGAAACAAGCCCGUGCAAAGGUCAAGAGCAAAACUGAACAAAACUGGGAAACUGUUGAGGGUGAAUCACCAAAGAAUGAAAAUUUAUCACCCAGCUAUCAAGCUGAGAGUAGCACUAAUGAAGAAGUCAAAUCUGAACCUAAUAUUUCUGAACCAGCACAUGACAAAGAAGACAAUCACAGUGUCCAGACAGUUUCUGUCCUGAAUGGUGAUCUAACACAAGACGAUACUUCAGAUGAAGGAUGGCAAGAAGCUGGUCCUAAAAGCCGGUCAAGCACAGGCCGUAAGCCUUCUACUUCGCGGAGGCCAAGCCUAGAAAAACUCAAUACAAAUUUUGUGAACCAACAACAGUCACGAUUUCGGGGGAAGGCAGCGAAUUUCACUUCUCCAAGGACUCCAUCUAAUGAACCUUCUGUUACUAGUCCAUCUGUCCCAAAAAGGUUUGCCAGGAGCACAAGCUUUAGUCCAAAGCAGACUAACACUGUCACGUCAGCUGCUGCAACUGAGAAGCCAGCUAACCCCAAGUCUUCACCAGCAAGUCCAGCUUCUCUCGAGCAAGUUCCUAAACCAGCUACUCUUGCAAGUUCAAUUACUACGCAGACAGCUGGAAAGUUUUUCUCUUAUAAAGAGGUUGCUCUUGCCCCACCUGGAACAAUUGUGAAAGCAGUCGCAGAACAAUCAGCCAAGGAGGAAAUCCCUACUUCACAAUCAACUCAAUCUGAAGAAAAAGCAGCUGUUGAGAUUGUAAAAGAAGAAACUGCUCAAAAGCCUAUGGAUGAGAAAGUGGAAGAAGCCACUGUUAUAGAAGAAAGAAAAUCUGAAGUUGACACAGAAAAGGUACAGUCAAGUGAAGUGAAAUCCAGCACACCUGAUGAUAUAAAGACUGAGGUCCAGGUCCAAACAAAUGCUGAAGUUGCAAACGUGAAUUCUGCAUCGACCUCAGGUUUGAAGGGAAAUGAUGUUGAGGAGAAGAAAGAAACUGUGAAUAUCCAAGUGUCAGAAUCAGAUGCAGAGGGUUCCAAUGAUGUUCUUUCCCAAAAUGAAUUGUUGACCCCUCCAUAUUCGGACUCUCAGCCUCUGCCAAGUGGAGUUAAUGUCGAAUUAUCAGUAGAAAGUGAUGGAGUUCCUUCUCCAACAGAAGGUGAAAAACAGGAAGGAGCAGAGACGGGGAAGGAAAUUACCAAGAAACUUUCUGCAUCAGCUCCUCCUUAUAAUCCAUCAACAAUUCCAGUUUUUGGGACUGUUCCAGUUCAAGGUUUCAAAGAUCAUGGUGGACUACUACCCCCACCUGUAAAUAUAACGCCUAUGAUGGCAGUCAACCCUGUGCGUAGAUCACCCCAUCAAUCAGCUACGGCCAGGGUACCUUAUGGCCCGCGGUUAUCUGGAAGUUAUAACAGGUCUAGUAACCGGGGAAACCGCAUAAAAUCUGGAAUCCACAAUGGAGAACAUAUUGGUGAUGUAAACCACUUCAAUCCUCCUAUAAUUAUGAAUCCACAUGCAACAGAGUUUGUUCCUGUUCCACCGUGGCUUCCAAAUGGAUACCCUCCAAACGGGUAUAUGCCGGUGUCUCCCAAUGGUUAUGCUAGUGUGCAUCCAAAUGGCGUUCCUCUAUCAACUAAUGAUUAUCAACCUUCCUUGAACGGUAUUCCAGAGGCUCAAAAUGGGUUACCUGGAUCUAUCAAUGAUACGUCAGAGUGCUCGGAUGCUGCAACUGUUGAAACUGCUGCCGGAAACACUGACCAGGUUGUGAAUGAACAAAAUUUGGACAACUCCUCGUUAGAAACAACAGAUGCCUCAGGUGAGCAAGAAGAUGAAGCAAAACCUCAAGUUGCAAAUGAUAAAUCUGAGACUGAAGAGUCUCUGGUUGCAGAAACAGCUGUAUCUGAUGAUGCUAAUUUGGUGGCUAAAGAAAGUGAUGAGCGUACAACAGUUGAGGAAAAACCGAGUAAAUGUUGGGGAGAUUACAGUGACAAUGAAGUUGAAAUUGUUGAGGUUACUAGUUGAGUGAGAUAGUUUUUUUGAUAGAGGAAAUUCUGCCACCAUAUUUCGCAACCUCGUGAUGUGCAGCAGAAGUGUAACAAGUGAACCAACAGGAGUAUAUUUUGACAAAGCCGCACUUGGUUAUGUGAAGGCUACACGAUACAGAUAUUUUUUGGUUUAGUUGCACUUGAAUUAGUGUAAACUGUGAACCAAGUGUUUUAAGCUCAUGACCAUGUCAGCAAUGGAGGUUCAGGACAACAGACCGUGCCAUUUUAUGCUAGUUAGUAGUACUAAUUAUCCGAUGUUGUAUUUUUUUGAUGAUAGAACUGUUUAAUGUACAAGGAGAGAACAAGAUAGAACUGGAUGAGAGUUAUUUAUUUAUUUUUGGCAAUUUUGUACUUCAUUUUACCUUUCUGAGCCCUGGGACGGCUUAGAGACCUUUGUGAAAGACUUCUUAACAGUGAUUAUAUGCAAUGCUGUAUUACUGUGCUUUCA